CCGAAGGGUCUCAGCCCGAAAAGCUGUCUGUAUUCUUUUCCUAGAUGCUGCCUGGCCUGCUGAGUCUCUCCAGCAUUUUGUGACAGGUGUUUGUUGUUAAAGCGGAGUAGAUCGGCCGACGGCGGAGACUCACUGUGCCAGGACCGUGAACGGAGAGCGGGCCGGGGAGAGUCGCCGUUUCUCCGUCUCCACACCCCGCCCCACCCCCCUCGGCGGAAGUCGAGCGGCUGCGAAGAUGGCGGCUCCUGCGAAACAAUAUGGGCUUAUUCUCCCUAAAGCAAAGCAGAAUACUUUGGCGUUGUCAAAACAUUCUAUUUUCAAUGACUCAGAUGAUGAGACGUCAGUCAGUGAGAAUCUUCAGAAGGAGUCGCUGAAGAAAAGAAUGAUGAAGCAGACUAAAUUGGAGAUCCAGAAGGCAUUGGCGGAGGAUGCCACAGUCUAUGAAUAUGACAGUGUUUAUGAUGAUCUUCAACAGAAGAAACUGGAAAACAGCACAAAAUUAUUGACUGGUCCAAAUAAACAGUCAAAGUACAUUGACAGUCUGAUGAGAGCUGUAGAUGAACGCAAGAAGGAGCAAGAUAGAAGGAUGGAACGGAAAAUCCAAAAGGAACGUGAGGCUGAAGGAGAGAAGUAUGAGGACAAAGAUGCAUUUGUCACUUCUGCUUAUAAAAAGAAACUCCAGGAAAGAGCUGAAGAAAAGGAACAAGAACACAGGGAAGCAGCAAUGGAAGCUUCUUUGGAUGUAACUAAACAGCGAGACCUUAGUGGUUUCUACCGGCAUUUUUUGAAUCAAAAAGUGGGUGAGGAGGUUAUUCCAGAAUGCAGCAUUCGUGGAACCAAGGGGAUGAAGAAAGAAUCUGAUGAUAAUGAUUGUAAAGAUCACACUGGUUCAGUACGGGAUAAACCCAACCAGGAUCCAGAUGCUGACAGUGACUUUGAAAUGGACAGUGAUGAUGAAACUAAAGCUAAACGUGGUCAAAAACAGUUGUUUUCCAAAAUGAGAAAUGAUGAAGACAACUCAGACACUAAUGAAGAAAAAGCAAGAAGCCGCCAAUACAGAAGACAUGUUGAAUCUUCUAGUGAGGAAGAGGAAAGUCGUCAUCAACAUAUGAGCCAUUCAACCAGAGAGAGCAGAAGUGAGAAAGGUAGAAGCCACUCAAAUGGAGAAAAAAGCAGAAGUGGGGAAAAAUCAAGGCACAAGGAGCACAAACGUGCAAAGGAAAAGUACAGAGAAAGAAAUGAUCCAAGAAAAGAAAGGGAUCAUGAAAGAUAUAAGGACAGCAAAGAUCACAAAAGAAUUAAGGAAGAGAAAUCUAAAGACUGCAUCAGUGGAAGGGAUGAGCGAUAUCGAGAUUCUGGAGAAAGACAUAAAGAUAAGGAUGAACAAGUGAGAGAUGUAAAGUUCAAAGAAAGAGAGCGAAACAAAACAGAAAAAUAUACAACUAAAGAUGACAGAAGGAAGGAAGAAAAAUACAGAAAUCAAGAGCAAGAAGAGAGAAACCGGGACAGAGAGGUUCAAGAAAAGGGAACAGAAACGUAUGAAAGAACUGAUAAGAAAUAUGAAAACAGCGAUACUAAGGAAGAGAGUUCUGGUAAUACUUCAGAAAAAGAAAAAUCCGGAAAAUACAAUCACAAGAGAUCCAGAUUAGAAGAGAAGGAUGAACAACAAAAUAUAGAACCCAAAAUUAAAGAUGAUGAGGACAAAAAUUUGAAUGUAUUAUGUGAACAAAAAUCAAAAGGUGAGUCAACAAAGGAAACAAAUGGGACUGAACACUCUCAGAAACUCAGUAAAUUUGUCAAGCGCAGUAAUCAAGAGACUAUCUCAUCCGCAAAAGAGCGAUAUCUUGCAAGGCAGAUGAAUAGGGCCUCAACAAAGUCAUAUAUUGAGCCAGAUGAAAGUGACUAGUUUUAUUGGAACUGCUUUCUGCAAAAAUUUAACUUGAAAUAUAUAUACACACACACCAUCAUUUUGAAGGUUUUUGUGAUCUUGUAUGAAAAAUAACUAUUAAAAAUUAUUAAUCUCUAAUUAACGAGCUAAGACUUUUGUGAAAUGAUGUAACGUAUGACUUUUGAACUAACACUCUUGAGCAUAAGGGUAGUUAUGCAUUGGUGCCAUAGGCAAGUGCAAGAAACAUUGUGCAUUUAAGGAUCAGCUUUGUCACAUGUACGUCAAAACAUACAGUGAAAUGUAAGUUUUCAAUCAAUGACGAACAGUCUGAGGAUGUGCUGAGGUGAGCUUGCAAAUGUCACCAUAUUUCUGGUGCCAAAAUAACAUGUUCACAACUUAUUAACCUGCGCAUCUUUAGAAUAUAAGAGGAAACUGGCACACUCAGAGGAAAUCCACAUUGAUGGGGGAGACGUGCAAGCUCCUUACCGUGGUGGGAAUUGAACUGUGGAUUAUUACAGUAUGCCUCUGUGCCACCUUUGGCACAACCUGAUAAUUGGCAUAAAGAUAUUCAUUGAAGUAAUAUCUUCCUCUGGAAAAAUAUUUUCAAUAAUCAUGAGUUUUGUUGAUGAUGUAAUACAAGAAACUGGUUCUAAUAUUGAACACAUUCAGUGUCAGUGCUAAUGUCUCUUUAUAUGCAGGAAUAGUCUUGAUUAUUCAAGUUCAAGAAUCGGAAUGAUGGCCCCAUCUCUGUCAACAGUUUAGGUGAUUGGUUGCUUACUCUUAACUUCAUAUGCUUAAUGAAUUAUUUUUCAAUAAUGGGCUUGCUAACUUGCAUCGAAUAUUUAGACAGGGUGAUUAGCUUAAAAGUAGAAAAUACUGGAGAUAUCCAGCAGGGAAGGCAGCAUCUGUGGAAGUUUUGGCAGAAGGUUUUCAACACAACCUGAAGUAUCAAAUUCCUACUUUCCACUUUCCAUAGAUGUUGCCUAAACUGCCACAAAUCUGCGAUUGGAUUUUUGAAUGGAUAAUUAACCCAUAAACACUACCUCAGUAUUUUUCCCUCUUUGUGCAUUUCUUAUUUAGUUAAAUUUUCUUAAGACAUUAAUAUAAAUUUGUUUUUAUUAUUCGUUUUGCAAUGUACUGCUGCCACAAAACAACAAAUAUCACGAUAUAUGCCGGUGAUAUUAAACUUGAUUCUGAGAAGGCAUAGAGGAGUGUUUCAAGCCUGGGACAGACCAGCCAUGACAAUAUGGCAUGGCAGGACUGGCUGAAGAGGUUAAGUGGCCUAUUUUCUUACAUUAUGUUUAUUAGUGGCUACUAUGCAGUGAACUAAAAUAACUAUCAUAUCUAAAAUGUUGCAAAUCGUUUUAAAUUUCACUUUGGUUAUUUUUUUGAGGUGGAGAGGUGUUAGAAGAAAUUAUUCAUUCUGUAAUAAAUAAAAAUGUGGAUAUUCUAAAUAGUUAACAUCAUGUUGUGUUGGAGAUAAAACAUUUAAACUGA